AUGAACGACACACUCUACAACUUACCCGACGAUGUGCUGAUCUACAUUAUCGCGUUUCUAUCUGUUACUGACAUCCUUCUCCUCCGCCAAACAUGCAAACGAUUCAACGCGCUCACAAAACUACACAUCGUCUGGACAAACGCAUUCAAACUCGAUAUCCUCUCCAAUGAUUAUCCCGUUCCCAUUGAUGACACCGAUCUGGAGCAGCGCACGCGCCACGCUUACCGACUCGCGUCUCGAUGGCUCGCAGACUCCCCUCUGAUGCCAGCGAGCGAGACAGGUUUCACUGGCUCGACCGUAUCCGAGAUCAAAUUCAUACCAGGCCGACAGCACAAAUGGUUGCUGACCGUAUCGAAAGGGAUCUGGUCGGUGCUGACGAUCUGGGAUAUCACGCGCGGGCACAAGUGUUCGGAGUGGUCGCCAAGAGGCGCGCUGUUCACUGGGGUGAAGCUGAACACAGAUACAGAGUCUGAGGCGAGUAUCGCUGUAGCGUUAGAUGGAUCACAGAGGACCGCGCUCCUGCAGCUGGAUGACGAUGGAACCUUGCAUAAAAUCCACAUGUUCGACAUCGACCUCCGGCCGGUCACUCUGACUGGCGAUAUUAUAGCCCUCAGCGAUGACUUCUCCAAGACACUGAUCUACAACUGGAAGACGGACGAGCGAGCCUACCUCGAUGAAGGAGGCGACAUGCAGGUAACCUACGACCACUGCAUCCAAAUUAUCUUCACUGCACUAAACAUCCUCGUCAUCCGCGCGCGUUCCAUCAACCUGUACACUACCCCACCCUUCCUCCACGGGCAAACACACUCUCCCAUUGCCUCCUACUCUUUCGGCUGGGUCGACGGCGCCAGCGCAACUCCCGCUUCGAUCCUCAUCCGCUCUGAGAGCGAUAACCCUUGGGCAUCAGAACUCAACUCGUUCGAACUAUAUUCCCUCUCUUCCUUCCCACCAACACUCACCAGCAAGAUAUCCUCCCGGCGCGGUGCUCUUCGAUGUACAGAUGUCAUCCUAGGGAAACGUGGGACUGCAGUAUGGAUACGCCCCCAUGAUCGUGCGAUGGUCUCGCACUGGGAGGAACACGAUGGGUGCGAGACGCUCAUGGCUGCCGUAUUCCCUGGCCCGCUCAACUCCUCCGGACAAGUCCGUGUUCGUGAGGUAUGCUCGAACCCGUUGAAUAACUGGACCGCAUUGGAUUAUGACGAAGAACUUGGGAGGAUCGCCCUUGGGUCGGGGUUUGGGAAGAUUAAGAUUGUCCAGUUGUAG